AUGGAGACUGAAAGGUUUUCGGAGCCCACUGACUGGCUAACCGGAUGGGUCCGUGAAAUGCUGUGCAUCGAUCAGCCAAAGCCCGAUUUGCUGCUGCAGCACACGCUGUUGGACUUCGUUGACCGAGACGCGAGAUCGUCCGAUCAUUUCGCGCGAGGAGCCGAGGCUGAUGGACGGCUGUGCCGCGACCGUGACGGGACGGGGUCAGCCACGAAUCGCAGCAUCUGCGCCGUCACCGCCUUCGUAACGCAAACACCCGCGCAUGCUUCAUGGCGUUUCCUGUCCCAAGCUGACGGAGCCAGUCGCUCUCGUUUCCAGUAUUAUGAGGUACACCUUCAGAAUACACCUCACAUCGAUUAUAUGAAAUUUAUCGUGAGCAAGUUUCCUCACCUUUUUAUGGGCGAAUCAAAAAGCUGCGCGGAUCUGUUUCACAACCCACUGCCGGAUUCUAAUUUCGCCUCUUUUCUUGGUACCCUUGCAGUCAUGAGCGUCGCAGCCGCCGGAGCCGCGGCAUUUUAUUAUACGACUACGUCGAGCAGCAUGAAGAUCAAACCCAUUGUAGACCUGAGGCAGCAGACCGUUGAACUACCGGGUGAAGACCGGGAACGAGCUUCGGCGUUUUGUAAAGACGGCAGACUGAUCAAUUCUUACGUGUCGGAUGUCAAGACGUUGUAUGAUUCGUUCAGAAGGGGGGCGAAAGUAUCAAACAAUGGACGAUGCACAGGCUACCGGAAGCAGCAGCCCAACGGGUCACGGCCGUAUGUGUGGAUACGGUACAAUGACGUCAUUCGAAGAGCUACCAAUUUAGCCAAAGGUUUUCUGCGGUUGGGCAUGCAGCCGGGUCAAGAAAGCUUGAUCGGCGUCUACUGUCACAAUAGGCCAGAGGUAAAACGGAAUGGGAACUGGUGGCCAGUGUGGAUCAUCGCCGAACAGGCUUGCUACACAUAUUCGAUGGUGGUCGUGCCGCUUUAUGACACCCUCGGCCCAGAUGCAUGUUCAUUUAUCAUUAAUCAAGCCCAGAUUCAGUUGAUUAUCGUCGAUAACCCGCAGAAAGCACAGGUGAUUCUAAGAAGCAACCAAGGCGCCUCUUGGCUACGCUAUAUUGUCAUGGUAGAUCAGGCAGACGAAGAGACGCUUGCCCAGACACGCCAGGCUGGCAUCACUCUCGUUCAAUUCGAACAACUGGAACUAGAAGGCGCACUGCUACAAGACUGCAUUCCACCAAAGGUAAUUGAUUUCUCUAUGGAAAUGCGUGGAUUCCAUUUUUCCGUAUCUGCAGCUUGUCUAGUUUUCGUAGUAACAUUCUAGCA